CCAAAUCCCAAAGACAUUUCAAGGUGUUUUAACAGUUUUCUCUCUCAAUAUAUGCACGUUAAUUUUCCUAUUAGUAAUUCUAAUUUGAAUUAACUUAAAUUUUCUACGUUGGAUGUUCAAUGCGGACUCUGUUGUUUUCUUGUUGUGUAAAAAUCUAGGUUCAAUUCCUGUGCUUUAACAAUAUUUAUAUUUAUAUAAUUAAACAUACUCUUUUUUUUUAUUUUUUUAUUUAAUUAAUUUAGCUGAGCUGUGACUGCUGAACUGGGUUUUUACUCACUGUUGAUAUGGUGUUAUUGACUAAUUUUAUUAUAUUAGAUAUGUUGAGAUCACUAAUGCUGAUGAUCAUUCAACCAUGUAUCGUUUCGCUUAAAAUCUUAACAAAGUAAUCGUAAUGAUCGAUCCUUCAAUUUGAUUUGAAACUUGGAGCACAAUAUUGAGUACUUGUAGAAGUUUGUCUGAUUGAUGCAGAAGCUGUCCAGAUUUGAUUGUCCUAGUUCAAGUAUUUUUGUUUGGUGUGGGUGGGAGAUCAUGAUCAAAGGAUUUGGAUAUUUUUGGACUGCAAUAUUGAUCAAAGUUUCUCCUUUUUGUCUUGCAUCGUCACGAUGUUGUUGAGUACAUUUUUCUGUUGUUUGAAUUAAUGCGCCGUUUUUAGUUUCAGGUUCGUAUCCAUGGCAUCAAAGUUUCCACCAAAGCUGGUUCAGGCGUCGAACUUUUUAGUCAAGAAUGGAGGAACGUAUUACAAGCAGAUGGUAGAGCAGAACAAGCACCAUGUCCAGGAGCCCCCCACCAUUGAGAAAUGCCAAACAUUAGCAAAACAACUGUUUUAUACUCGUCUUGCCAGUAUUCCAGUUCGUUAUGAAGCAUUCUGGAAGGAAGUUGGCUAUCUUAAGAACGCAAUAAAAAGCAAGGAGGAGAUGAAUGUGGAGAAUGCUGGCCUUGCUGCUCUCUUUGGAGUUGAAUGCUUUGCCUGGUUCUGCGGCGGUGAGAUCAUAGGAAGGGGCUUUACAUUUACCGGCUACUAUGUUUGAGAGGGUGGCGCCACCUUAGGAGUAAUCUUUCAGCUUAGUUUCUGGUAAUUUUUACAUGCAAGUGACCUUGAAUGGCGAUUUUGAUUUUGCAUGAAAAAUUUUGUUUUCUGAAAUCUUUUACGUUUGAGCUGGAAAGCCAGCAAAAUACGGCUUACAAAAUAAUUCAAUGUG